UUUCAGUCUACAAUAACGUACUGGGGCUGUUUGGGGGCCACCAACACAUGCCGUCUCCGACCGAAUGUAAGCAUGCAAACAAUGUGUUAUCGCCUUCGCAAGUAUUGGACAAACGCAUAGGCUGCGCAAAAUCAUAUAAAUUUCUAUGAACAAAAUAACGAGCGAGAAAUUCAAAUAGGGUCGGGAGAAUUCAAAUCCUUCGCCAACGCAGCACUGCUGCAAACCGGACCAGUUCUGAUCAGUCGAUCGUGUCGAUCGGAAGCAUUCGAUAGCAAGUGCGCGGCUUAGUGGUUAGUUCACUGUGGCAUUAGAAAACGUUUUGAUUUCUGCAAAGAUGUUGCUCAUUCUGCUCGGCACCGGGGUGGCUUUUGUCGCGCUAGUGUAUCUGUUCCUGGCGUGGGAGUUUGGAUUUUGGGAAAAGUAUGGCGUCAAGGGACCGAAACCGAGAUUACUUUUCGGCAAUAUACCGAAUCUGUUGACGAAGAAGCGACACAUCGUGUACAAUUAUGAUCAACUUUACAAUGACUACAAAAACGAACCAGUUGUCGGAUACUACAGCAUUCGAACACCACAACUGAUGGUGAAAGAUCCGGAGCUAAUCAAAGAGGUGUUGAGCAAGGGUUUCUACAAUUUUGCCGCCAACGAUUUCUCCGACACCGUCGAUGAAAAAUCCGACCCACUGUUGGCUCGCAACCCAUUCAGUUUGAGCGGGGAAAAAUGGAAAAAUCGACGGGCAGAGAUAACGCCUGGCUUUACCAAUAAUCGGAUUAAAGCCAUGGCGCAUUUGAUGGACGAAGUUUGCGAUCGUAUGACUAAAUACUUAAAAACCCAGGCCAACUCCAACUCUGGAGUAGGAACCUUGGAUGCCAAAGAGCUAAUGGCGAAGUACACCACUGAUGUAGUUGCCAGCUGCAUCUUCGCCAUUGACGCACAAUCAUUUGAAAGAGAAAAUCCGGAAAUCCGACAAAUGGGCAAGCGUAUUAUGAACUUCAACUUUGUCGUUCAACUCGCGCUGCUCAUUACGGCUUUCUGUCCGUCGGUGAAAAAUUUCUACAAGUUCACCUUCAUCCCGAAGGACACGGAAGAAUUCUUCAUUCGCAUCAUGCAGGACGCAAUCCGCUACCGCAGGGAGAACAAAAUUAACCGGACCGACUUCCUAGACCAUCUGUUGCAACUGCAGGAGCGUAAACAGAUCACGGAUAUUGACAUCGCUGGCCAUGGUGUGUCGUUCUUUGCUGACGGAUUUGAAACGUCGAGCAUUGUGCUCACGUACACUCUGUACGAUCUCGCCAAACAUUCCGCCAUUCAGCAGGAGCUACGUGAUGACAUCCGAAAGGCAAAGGAGACCGGUGGCGGAAGCAUGUCGUACGAGCAGUUAGUGGAGAUGCCCUUGUUGGAGCAAAUACUAUGCGAAACUAUGCGUAUCCAUCCGCUGAUUGCCGUCAUGGCCAAACGGUGCACCGUCGAUACUACGCUGAUUGGUCCGAAGGAUCGAAAAAUAUUCGUCAAAAAGGGUACCACGGUCGUGCUGCCGUAUUAUUCGAUUAGUUUCGAUCCGGAACAUUUCUCUGAUCCUCACAAAUACGACCCGAGUCGUUUUUCAGCUGAAAACGGGGGCAGUAAGCUAUAUCGCGAUCGUGGCGUUUACUUCCCUUUCGGUGAUGGGCCACGCAUGUGCUUGGGAAUGCGAUUUGCCCUCACACAGGUAAAAAGAGCAAUAGUGGAGAUCGUGGACCACUUUACAAUCACUGUCAACAGCAAAACGAUUGAACCGUUUGAAAUGGAUCCGGAACAGUUUAUGUUGAUGCCCAAAGGUAGCAUUUGGUUGGAUUUCAAACCUGUUGGAUGAAUUGGAAAACCUUUUCUAAAUAACAAAAUAACUAAUUCUAAAAAAAUCGCGUUACUCGUCACGAAGCACAGUUUGGAAUGGAAUUUGUAUCUGUAAUAUGAAUACGAAUAAGUACAGCAAAUAAGUUCACACGAAUGAAAAAUACACUCUAACGAUACGAACACAACUUAUCAACAGAUCAUUUUUAAAUGUAACUAAAGGUUCAACCAUUUUGCCUCACUAGGAACAAAUGAACAACGAAAAGAAAAUUGUAAAAUUAUUAAUACGAACGAACAAUAAACGAGUAAACAGCAGAUAAA